AUGACUGCUCACGAGGUCACAGACAUGUGGUUGCUCGCGCAGAGGAUCGGGCAGGCGCUCGAAUCCCACCACGGCUGCACCUCCUCCACUUACACCAUCCAGGACGGGCCAGCAGCAGGGCAGACAGUGGCACAUGUGCAUGUGCACGUCAUGCCACGGAGGGAAGGGGAUUUCGUACCCAAUGAUAAGAUCUAUAAUGAGAUAAAGGAGAAUGAGGAGGUGGUGAUAAAGCGACUUUUGAGUCGACUCAAAAGUCACCUCAAUCCACCGCUCUGUCAGAUAAAGGAGAAUGAGGAGGUGGUGAUAAAGCUGCGAACGGAGAUCGAGGAGAAUGAGAAGGAGGCGAAGAAGCUGCGGAUGGAUGCUGAGGAGAACCGGCCAGCCUGCACCAUGGAUGACAUGACUGUCCCUGUCCUAUCCUUUCCUGUCCCUGUCCUAUCCGUUCCUGUCCCUGUCCUAUCCUUUCCUGUCCCUGUCCUAUCCUUUCCUGUCCCUGUCCUAUCCUUUCCUGUCCCUGUCCUAUCCUUUCCUGUCCCUGUCCUAUCCUUUCCUGUCCCUGUCCUAUCCUUUCCUGUCCCUAUCCUAUCCUUUCCUGUCCCUAUCCCUGCUUGUCCCUGUCCCUGUCCCUGUAACGGUCCCUCUCCCCCUGUUCACGAGAAACAGAUUGAGGAGAAUGAGAAGGAGGCGAAGAAGCUGCGGAUGGAUGCGGAGGAGAACCGACCAGCCCGCACAAUGGAUGACAUGGAGGCAGAGGCCAAGGAGUUAAGACGGGUGCUGGACGAGUUUGAGAAGAAAGGAGAGGAGAAGGUGGAGUGA